GAGGAUCUGAAUAAAGAAAACCCCAACAUUAUUCAAACAAGAAGAUAUCAUUUGAGAAACUACAGCAAAUGUUUUGUUGGCAAAGAAUUGGUACAGUGGCUAAUAGACACACACAGGGUUCAGGACAGAGAGACUGCAGUAUUACUUAUGAGAAUUCUUCAGGAUCAUUAUGUACUGCAUCAUGUAUGUGAUGAUCAUCAAUUCAAAGAUGAAAAGUUGUUCUACAGAUUCCGAGUUGAUGAUGACUCAUUUCCACAGAAUACUGAAGCUGCUCUGUACCUUAGAGCAUACAGUCUGUAUAAGAGAUUACUUGUAACAUGGCCAGAGAUAACCCAGGAGCAUGUGGUCACAGACACAGGACAGGUGUACACAGAUGCUUUCUAUGGCUCCACCUUGGUAGACUGGCUGAUACACCAGAAUGAAGCCUCCACCAGAGAGGAAGCAUUUUUGUUCUGCAGGGACAUGGUGGAGAGUGGGAUACUCAGACACAUCACUGAUGACUACCACUUUAGAGAUGGGCACACUUUAUAUAAAUUCAGAGAUGACUUUGGACAAAGAGGAGUUCUAACUGACUUAUUGAAGAACAAAAGGUCUGCCUCAAGAGAGUCGUUUUCGUCUAUUGGAAGUAGCAGGAGCAACACAUCCCUCACUCAGUAUUUCUACUGCCCUGAAAGAAAUCAUAAGACAUCAGAAGCAUCAUCAAGCUCAAAUGAUAGUGUUUCUUUAGAUGCUGAUGCCACGGAACAACCAAAGUCAGUUCUACUGACUGGAGUCACUGUAGAAGAGUUAGAGGCUCCCAACACACCAUAUGUCAAAAGAUGUAUUAGGGUCUGCAGUGAUUCUGUUGGGUAUGGUUUUGUUAUACGUGGUGAGAGUCCAACAUACGUCCAAACUGUUGAUCCAGCAAGCCCAGCUGCUGCAGCAGGAAUCAAGGUGAGGCAGUUCUUGUACUCCAUAAAUGGCAUCAAUGUACUAAGGAAGAAUCACAGAGAGGUGGCCAAGAUUAUUCUGGGGGCAGAUGGAUUCCUAGAUAUUGAAGUUAUGAUGCACUUCAGGGAAUCCUCACUUUAGUAUCCCUCUGCUGGGAAAAAAAUACCCUCCAAUGAAAUGUAUUAUUUAAACGGAAUGUAUGUAAUAUGCCACAAGUGUCAUACCUCUUUAUUUCCAAAUCUCAACAUAUGUGCAGUUAUUGAUCAAAAUGCAUGUACAUAUGAAGGAGUGAAAUGCAAAAGCUGGCUUGCUUGAGAGCUGAAGUGGUAAUGGAAUACGCAUGUUAAAGAUAUUUUGUAAGAUCAUUAGUUGAUGUGAUGAAAAUGGUGCUGUAAUUACAUGUAUACUAUGACAUACUGUAUUUCCACUGUACGUUGAACGAUGGAGUUAUUGGUUCAAAUAUUAAUGUUCUCCCCUUUUUAUUGACUGCAUUAUGCAAUAACAGUUGUCAUCAUAUUAAUCUAAAAUGUAUUUACUCAAGGUGCUUCUAAACAGGGUUAUAAAUUAUAUUGGAUAAAGUUGUGCAAUAACAUUUUUCAAAAUGCAUCU